GACCUCCUCCUGUCUCUCGUUUUGGCGUUGUCCGUUUGAAACCCUUUACGGUACUGGUUUGGCGGCAUUCUAUACAGUACACUCGUUUGCCUCUUUUGACAUUGUCCUCCUCCCUUUUUCCCCCAUAUCACACUCUCUCACUCCUUCCUCGUCAUCCGCGGCUACGUGGGCUGGGCAGCAUCGUACAUAGCUGGCGUGGUUAACAACUUGUAUCCGGAGAAUUUUGUCUCCGUCAUUCUCUAACAGCAGCACACUACACUCACUUAUCCUUCUCCCGACGCUCUAUUCUCUGCCUCUGACCGUGAUUGUUUCGCCAAACUCUCUACCGGACUCGGCGUCACCUGACAAGGUUAGCUUCGAAUCCCCUUUCUCUAUCCAUAUGCCACCUAUUAGGAGACACUCUCCCUCAAUGUCAUGGCAAGAGUCUAAAGUAUUUUACCCUGUGGAUAUUUAGUACAUUCCUUUGGCCCUUCGAUAAUUGGUUCCGCGAUUCCCGUUCCGAUUUUUUUUUUUUCUUUUCCGUCGGGCUACCGGUGAUUCUGUUGGCCCUGGGCAGGUCAACUUAAUACCUUGCUCACUAGCACUGAUAUAUCACCAUGUUACCGAGUUCAACCCAGCACCGGGUCUGGGGCACCACAUCAUUGCCCGAGAUGGGAGAAACAUGCAAACAUACCUGUGGGCAAAACCAUGAGCGAAAACAUCAAUUUCGCCAGCGUGUGCAUGGGAGGUACUUGUGGAUACAGCUUUGUGUUCUCCUCAUCUUCAUGGUCUGUGGGGGGGGCCGAGCUUUGGAAGUCGAAUAUUGUUCGAACGUCAAUACUGGAUCCUCCUACUCGGCAGGCAUGUCACCCCUUUUGCCAGCCCUCGUGGAAGAACCCUUCUAAUGGUCGGGGGAUAUAGCGACUGAGAUGUUCCAGAGCCAUGGUCUUUGUUAUGACACCUGUAAAGCCAAAUAUGCAUUUGCCGUUGUCCAGGGAUUGAGAUGCUGGUGCUCCGACUAUGUUCCAGCUUCGACCACUACUGGGUGCGAUGAAAUUUGCCCUGGCUAUGGCUCGGAGAGUUGUGGGAAUACUAAAAAAGGUCUAUAUGGGUAUAUUUCUCUUCCAAAUGCUCCUAAGGGAACAGCAGGCGGCUCAUCAACGGUGAGGGCAUCCGAUUCUCCAGUUCCUAAUCUUUUGAAUUUUUCUCUUUCUCCAUCUCCUUUCAUCUCCACGGCUAUUGGGGGAAACCCCGGACCCACUACUACUGUUAUUGUAUGAUUUUGAGGAUGUGGUUGCGGUUGUAGUUCCCGUCGCGGAACGUGCCGCGGUUAAGAAACUGGUCAAGGAGCAUCUGCAUUUUUGAUAUAAUCUAUAUAUUUGGUUUCGUUUUCGUCUGCUUUUUCUUUUUUUUCUUUUCCAAGCCCUCCUUUUUCCUCUCUCUCUGUUUUCCCCCGUUUGAUUGGUUUGCUGAUACCCGGUCUUCAGACCACUUCCCAGUCCACCUCUUCGUCCAGCAUGACGAGUUCUCCCACUUCAACUUCAGCUCAGUCUACCUCAACCGGAGCUACUUCUACACCGUCUGUAAGCAUUGUGACUUCAGUCGGCGGCUACAAAACUGUAACACUCGCUCCCACCGAGCAAACACCGGCACCAACACAACGGGUGCCAACCUCGGAUUCCUCUAAUGGGAACUUUUUUUCAAAGCCUGGGCGAGUUGCGGGAUUGUUUGUUGGUCUUGCUCUGGGAAUCAUUCUCAUCGUCGCUGCACUCUUGUUCUUGUGUUACCGACGGAACAGGCAGAGAGCUACUUUCAAUAGCGUCGGCUCUGGCAGUGCAACGAUGGCGGCUGUUGCUGGAGGGGGCGUAUUUAGCGGACGGAGGAGAUCUCGCUCCCUGAGCACUUUGGGGCUCAUAGGGGAGAAGGGAGGAACAGCUAUGAAUACCACCCCAACUUCGACUGCGAACAACUUCUCUGGGCUGCCUACGGUCGAGGCAGGCAAAUCGGCAACCACCGCCCAGACGCCUGGCCGCUUAAUAGACCAACGACUUGACCCUAACCAAAUAUAUCUGCGCUAUGACCCGGACACCGGCAGCUCGCGGAUGAGUGUAAGGAGCUUAAGAGAUGAUACUGAUUACUCGAGGAGGGUGUUGCGGGUGAGUGUCAAUAGGUCUCAGUUAAAUAUAUAUUAUAGGACUUGGCGCUGACAUCCGUAUCUAGCUUGCAAAUCCCGACGACUAAUCAGCCACAGGCGUUCAUUGAGAAAAAGAGGUUUUGCAUUCAUGUAAUGAAUUUGGGUACUUUCUGUUCUAAGCUUGGAUCCAGGUGGCUAAAACGGGGUGCAUAG